AGGCUCACCCAGUGCUUACCUUUGGCGCGUGACCGAUGUCCGCCAGCUGGUCUGGGCCCUCCGCCGGGCCCGCACAUGUGAGAACGCUCGCAGCAUCGCUGACGCCGGCAGAGGCUGAGCGCUUCAUCAAGAGAUGCGCAGCUUGCGUCGAUGAGGAGCUGCGCAGCGAUUCUCGGCGCCCAUCGUCGACCAGCCAAGUAGCUGCUGUCAUCAAAGGUGAGGGCUCCAAUCGGCCGCUUGCCUUCGUGGCAGAGUACUGGCAGCUCGAGGAUGCUAAGCUGGCUGGGGAGGUGCGGGAGACCACGGCCUCAGAAGCCUCGUCCACAGCGGCGCGCGUGGAGGUGUCGGACAUCUCUGUGCUGAUGGACCUUGCGGCCGGGCGAUUGUCGCCGUUGGUGGCGUUGGCCCGGCGCCGGGUGAAGGUCAGCGGCGAAGUCUCCGUUGCACGGCCUUUGGCCCCACUGCUUCGUAGUGCGGCGGCGAAGGCUGCGGCGGAGCUGACGGAGGGACGGGCAGGUAGUGAGAGGUCCACGCAGUCCUUUAUGUCCUGGAUGCCCAACGAUGCCUCCCUGAGCUGCACGCUGUGCGGCCGUGCAUGGCUUCCUUUGAUGCGUCAGAGGCAUCACUGCCGCGCCUGCGGCUCGUUGGUCUGCGGCCAGUGCUCCGUGUGCACAUCUGGGCGCAGCAGCCGGCGCUGCUUGCGGUGUCAAGUUGGUACGGUGCCGCAGUGGAACGACAGCUUGAAUGCAUCGACCCUGUCUAGCGCUUGCAUGACUCCUGCCAUGUCAAUGGCCUCGAUGCCUGGGUCCUUUGCAGCACAUGCGACACGGACUCCAGAGCUGAAUCUUCCUGCCGAACCGCCUGGCUCAGACGUGGAAGGACUAUUGCAUGCACAAAUCCAAGCGAUCUUGGCUCCUCAAAUCGGGAGCCCCAUUCAGGCCUCGCCCCCCAGCGAGAGGGAGCAGAGGCUGUGGGAUCGCGUGAUGGCUGCGGAGAAACGAUUGCUUCAAGAACCUGAGCGCGGUUUCUUCUCCCUGGCCAUGCUUGUGCUGCAACGUUGCCUCGGCUUGGCCACCCGCUAUGCGCUGUUGUGCUGUGCCUUUUUCCUGGGGGCACUGGAGAGGACCAGUUUUUUCUCAGACUGGAUGUUGAUUUUCGGCUCAGCGAUGCUGAUUGCCCUCCUGCUGUCAUUUUUUCGACCGGUUCGGUUGAUGUUGUCAGCUGCUGUUAUGGUGAUGCUGCUUUGGCUGAGCGCUUUUAGAACUGUGCCAGCAGGGAUUCUUGCAAUGUGCGUGAGUCUGCCUGACUGGCACACCUCGGCAGUGCUAUCUGCGGCGCGGCAAUACCCAGGCCUUUCCCUGGCAUGUGUGCUAGCUGUCGUUUUAGUCACGUAUGUCCGGAAGCUUCAGAGCUAUCGCUACUUCUGGCGACUGGCGGAGAUCUAUGUCACUGCAGCCUUCCCAAUCGCACUGUACUUUGCCUGCAAAUCUACCCAGAAGGCCUUCAAGUUGUCAGACCAGUGGGCGACGGAGUGGAUGUAUGAUCCGGCAGAUCGAAUGGUGGCACCUUUUCUGUCAAACAGAUUUGCCGCCCUGGGUGGCCUCUUUGUGAAGGCCGGCCAGUGGUUGGCGAACAUGGCGGCCACCCCCGUGGUGUGGACGGAGCAUCUGAAGAAGCUGCAGGACUGCGCGCCACGAGACCAGGAGCCGUACGUGAGGAAGCUCCUGGAGGCGGAGUUCGGGGAAGACUUCCGGGAGAUCUUUCAGGACUUCGACUUCGAGCCCGUGGCGUCCGCCAGCAUCGCGCAGGUGCAUAAGGCCACCAUGAAGGAGACGGGCCAACAAGUGGCCGUGAAGCUUCAGCACGAGGGCGUUGAGCCGAUGAUGCUGUUGGACCUUCGCGGGUUGAGGCGCGUUUUGGCCGUCAGCUGCUGGCUCGGGGGAAGAGACUGGGACGACAUCAAGAGCAUGACGGAAGGGUGGAUGAACGAGAUGGUCCAUGAACUGGACUUCCACCGUGAGGUGGAGAACCUUCGAGAGGUGCGGAAGGGGCUGAAAGAGGCUGGCGUGGAGGCUGUGGUGCCGCAAGAGCUGGAAGGGCAUGUUUCCCGGCGCGCCUUCAUCAUGGAUUUCUGCGAGGGCUUCAGGUUCACGGACUUGGACCUGCUCGCUCUAUGGGGGGUGGAUCGGAAAGGUCUCAGCGAGCGUGCGGUCCAUGCGGUCGCCUCUCAGCUCCUGGAGAUUGGCGUCUUCAACUCCGAUCCGCACGGAGGGAACCUCCUUUGCCAGAUCCAGGGCAGCUCUGCAGUCCCGGUGCUGCUGGACUUUGGCAACUGCAUUCGGCUUCCGGAGGAGCAGCGUUUGCUUUACUGCCGGCUACUGGUGGCGCUCUCCGAUGUGAGCAUGACCAGCGUGGUGGAGGCCACCAAAAAGCUGGGCAUCGUCAACUCUCAGUCGGAGACUCAUCCUGCGCGUGACAUGGAAUACAUGAUGAUGGUUUUUCGCGACACCGGGAACCGGAAGAAUCAGAUCGCGGGGCUCAAGAGCUUCAGGGACCUCCGGAAGUCUCAAAGCAAGGCUGAUUUGGAGGCUCUGGACGAAGAAACCAAGAAAAACAAGAAGGCAGCCAAAGCCCAGACAAGACGGUAUCCAAAGAAGAUGCCGGAAGAAGCUGUGCUUUUCAUGCGGAUGAUGUUGUUGGUCCGCGGACUUUGCUCGCAACUGGACGCCGAACUGCCCUUCCUGCAGCUCUUUCAAGAGCAUGCUCGCAGGGCUCUUGUCUGCAGAUUUCCGCCGCUGAAGCGCGCCCUACGAGCCCUCCCAGAUGAAGAGCAUGCUGGGAGGUCGCGGGCCUCCGGCAGCCAGGCUGCUGCGGCAGUGCGGCAGCUCAUAGCCCAGUGCGUUGUGCAGCGACCAGGCCUUGGCGUGCAGGUAUGCGUCUAUGCUGGCGACACCUGCGUUGUUGAUGAGUGCGGCGGUGUCCUGGGCUCCGUGGAUCCGCGACCCAUGACCCGCUCCACCCGGAUUCCCUUGGCAGAUUUGGCCCGCCUGCCAUGGCUGCUGGCGCUGCAUGCCGCGGCCAAGAAGGGCAAGGUCCACUACUCCGAGCGGCUCAUGAGCUUCCGUUUGGAGUCCGCUUGUGCCAGCACCUGCAGCCUGGCGGAUGCGCUGGCACACCGGGCGCUGAGCCAGAACGAUGCCCGAGAGACCUUCAUCACCAGCCCCGUCACGGAGCUAGGGGAUUCCGGCCAGAUGCUGAAGAGGCUGGCAGCCAGCUUGGCCCCAGAGCCGAGCUCCAGCUCUCGCUACUUGCCAUGGGGUACGGGAUACGCAGCAGCCGCGGCCAUCCGGCAGCUGAGCAACGCCCCGGUAGUGGAUGCUUUGGAAGAGAGCUUGCCUGGCUUCCGAGCUGCCCAGGAGCUUUGCUUAGGACCCUCCACCGGUGAGGAUUGGGCCACUCUGUCCAGCGGGCUCUUCGCGGACUUGCGGUCCUUGGCGUCAGGAGCUUCGCCUGGUGGAGGCAGCAUCUUCAUGGGCCCUGUUCUUGGCAAAGCUGUGGACAAGGGCAAAGCUCAAAGCCGCGAAGAGAAGCCUGGGCAGACAGGCGAAAAGCGCCAGUCGCUGGCAAGGAGUGUCUUUGAGGAUGCUGGGGGUCUUCUUGCAGAUGUUGGCCUGGCCAACAUCGCUGCGAAGUGGUCUGCGGAGGUGUGCCCCGAUCUUUCCUGUGCAGCGUCAGCGCGGAGCCUGGCGACGGUGCUCGCAGCUGCCUGCCCUGUGAAGGACGCAAGGCCGGUGCACGGCCGAGAAGAGGGCCCGGCGUCCGGGGGCUCCAUGAGCUUCCUCUUCUCCCAGCUGGCGCCCCCGCUGCGCGCCUGGGACGAGCGCGGCCUGCAGCUCAUGGGCGACGCGCCUUCCAACGCGGCGCUAGGCCUCACAAGCUGCGGGGGUCUCUUGGGCUGCGCUGUGCAAUGGCCGGGCUCCAAGCCCAUCACGGCCGUGGUGCUGUGCAACGAGUUGAGCAUGGCAGCGGUGCCGUCGCAGAUGGUGGCAAAGGUGGCUGAGUCUUUGCGCCUUCCACGCCCACAGAGCUUGCCGUAGACCAUGAGACAAGCGAGCUCACUCAUCUGCAAAGCGUGGGAGAUCACAGCCUGGCAUCGC